AUGGUCGAGGUAUACGUCGGCGAUUUUCCGAAAUGGAUGCCCCGAAUUUUCUCGGGCCUUUCUUUUAUUUUCAACUCUUUUCUGAUUCAUAUCAUCUGUCAUCAGAACAAGAGUCGGAUUAGUCGCACCUACCGUAGUCUGCUCAUUAGCUUCUGUAUUUUUGAUAUUUGCUACUCGGCCUCGGAUCUGAUGACCGGAAUGGUGAGUAUACCACGGCUUCAAACUUUUUGGUCGCAUUUGGAAUGGCUCAACGCGUUGCGGUCGCACUGCGGUUUCAGAGCUUUAGUUGUCACCCUUAUUUUUCUCGGUCGAGCAAAAUUAAGCCAUUCAUAUUUAGGUAUCCCCUACGCGACCGUUAAGUAUCAAUAGCCUACAAUUUUCAAAAAAAGCCCAUUUUCAGGCCCUGCACCAAUACGAAACGGUUGUAUGUGCCUUUUUAAGGGAUGGACUUCUCAGCAGGGUACUUAUUGAACACCUUUUCUCGAAAACAUCAGCUUCAGAACCGAAAAGUAGCCGAAAUAGCCUUUCUCGUAAGAUGCUCGUUUAUCGGUUUGAGCUACGGAAUUUUAGAACUUCAUUUCAUCUACCGGUAUAUUAUCUUGUGCAGGUGAGGCGUUUUGGUAUGCACUUUUCAGAUUUUGUCUUUUCUUAUCUUUAGGCAGGAGUUUCGAGACAAAAUUCAAUUUUUCCAGGCCUUCAAUGACCAAGUUAUUCUCCAAGUUUUACAUACUUCUCAUGUUCUUCUUCAUUUCCAUAAAUGGCUUCUUUUUCGGAGCAGCCGCCUGGGUCAUAUUCGACAUUGAAGAAACAAAAGAGUUCAUAAGGGAUGAUUUUUAUCAAAACUAUCAUGCGGACGUGUCUCAAGUCGUCAUGGUGACCUUGCACUACAGGGUUUGAAUUUUUUAUUUUGCUUGGCCGCACGGGGAAUGGCUCGAUAUAUGGAGAGGCUAGAAAAUGUUUUUAUAUAGCCAUUUCAAGUGCGGCGAAAAUCUUGAAAAAAAAUUCCAAAGUGAAGAUUUCAGGCUAGAGAAGCUUCUACUCUAAUGAGAACUUAUCUGAGUCUUUUACUUACUAAUAUUUCCUCGGUGGCCGCUGUCGCGACUUAUUUUAUUCUUGGGACCAAGGUUAGUAGACUGAAUUUUUGACGUCUUGAAAACGCAAAAAUGACUUGAUGAAACUUUGCGUUUUUGCUGUGUUUUGACGACAAAAAUGAGUUCUUCUCUCCUAUUUUGGCCAACUUAGAAAUGGCUUCGCGCGCAAGUAGUUUGUGGUCGGGCGCACUGAAGUUUGAAAAAUUUCAAUAAAAUCAAAGAAAAAAAAGCAUUUUUUCGAAAUUUCAGUAUUGGUCUAUUUUCUAAAGUGCGUGGUAUGCUUUUCAAGUCACAAAAUAGACCUCUUACUAUGGAAAAAAAUUGUAAAAUGCAUCAAAUUGUCCUAUUUUUCAGCCGAAAUUUUUUUGACAAACCAGUUUUUAUAUCUAAAAAAAUAUUCAACCCCAAUUUUAAGAUACAGAAACAGUAUCAUUGCACUAAAAUGACCUACGCUUCGGAAAUUUUUUUUUAUCGAAACAAGACCACUGGAAAAUUUCAAACUUCUUUAAGAUCAAUCAAGUUUCAUUGUUGCCAUGUUCAAAAUUUGUUGAGAAUCAAAAAGUUUCGAUUGGACUUUUGAGCAAAAAAAAUUCUUCUAUAUAAGUAACCAGUACAGAUUUGAUGACUGGAAUAGUGUGAAAAUUAUUAUUUUUCAGAUCGUCCAAUACCUCAGAAGAAGCUCAAUCAGCGCUGCUGCUAGAGCCUUACACAGACAACUAUUUACGGCUCUCGUAGUCCAAAGUUCGAUUCCUUUCGUCGUCAGUCUCCUUCCAUGUUUGGUCACGUGGUUCACCCCCUUAUUUGGCGUCAGUAUUGGCAGGUUCAUAAAUAUAUACUUCAUGAGAAAAACGUAAAACUUAAACUUGGUUUCUAAGAAAGAAAGUUUCCGAAAAAGGAAGUCUAGAGGGGUCCCAUUUUUUUUUCAAAUCAAAGGGUACAUUUUUGAUAAGUCAAAAAAUCUUCCAUGACCUCAAGUAAAACUGAAAACAGGUCCCAAAAAUACAUAAAUUGUACUUAUAUGUAAAAUAUAGGUAUUCGUAUACAUUAUAUAUAGAAUUUUCUAGAAAAAAAAAUCUUACGAAAUAGAAAAUUAAAAUUACUAGGUAGCCUAUAGUGUAUUUUAUAGUACUUGAUUUAGAACAGCCUUAAAGCGGCUCUUCCUCUCGAGACCCCCUUUAAAAUCCUUUUAUGCUCCUUUAAUCGCUUCAGUGGACACUUUCAGAAAAGCAAAGAAGAAAAACUAACUGAGGAGAUUCGAACUUGAGUCUUCGGAUCCAUAAACUAACGCGUUACCGUCCUCCAUCCUGAGCCAUCCUGGCAAUGACCGUCAUUCAGUAGGAGUUUCUCGACACCGGGAGAGCUGAAAAUACCAAUUCAGGAGUGACAUUUAGUCUUUAAAUGUGAGAUGGCAAUAUCAAACUUUCGAGUUUAAAUUUAUAUUUUUCGGUAUCACUGAACUCGUACCAAGGGUCCUAAUUUUUAAAAAAUAUUUUUAAGGUGGGAUAAAAAAAAGUCUAAAUCACGCUAAAAGAGCAUUUUGCACAAAGUGUGCUCUAUUGACAAAAUGCGCCAUGAUUUUUGGUUUCUGUUCAGAAAUUUCUCAACAUAACUUUUUCUCUGUUGUCUUCAUAAACUCUCCUUCAUGAAAGCUUUCGAUUAGCAAAGAUUCAACCAACUUCCUAUAGUCAAUCCAUCCCGACUUGAAAGGCGUGCGAGGCGGAGAAAGAAGCGGGACGCGUAGCGUGUGCGUACGCGGUUCUUGGCACGAAUAUUUCGAUUUUUUUUUCAUUUGUGCAUUGAAUUUUAUUACAUUCAAUUCAAGCGCCGCCUGCUAUUUAAAAGCUCGGUCGCCGCUCCUUUGAUAUCUUUUCUACUAUUUUUUAAUGCACAAAUGGAAAAAAAAUCGAUGAAUUAUUAAAAAAUAAAUGAAAAAAAAGCGAAAAACGAGCUCUUCAAAUAGUCGCUGGCGUUUGAAUUGAACUCGUGCCAAGAACCGCGUACGCACACGCUACGCGUCACGCGCACUUUUCCGUCCCCCUAGAUUUUCAAGUCGGGAUGGAUUGCUAUGAUUUAAGAGAAAGGAGAACUCGCAAUGGUCCGUUUUGAAGGAUUUUAUGGUUUCGGUGACUCAUAGGCGUUUUUUCUCGAAAACUUGGAAGUUUUGGAGGUUUUCGAGUACUCUGGUCAAGAAAAGGAAAAUGACCUUUUUGUGAACAAAAAUUGCUAUGCCAUUUUUAAGCAAGAAAAAAAACGUGAAAAACUGGUUUGAAAUGUCGUAUAAAAAUCUUUCUUUACAGAUUCAACAACUACUACACGAUCCCGAUGUUCAGCGCGUUUCCUUGUUGUGAUCCUAUAGCGAUCGCUUUCAUCGUUGCCGAGUAUCGCCGAUAUAUUUACGGAUUAAUUCCCAGGCCAAGAAAAGAGCUGCAUAAAAUCGCUUCGUCCAGUAAUCAUGUUUUCACUUUACAAAUCAUUCUUUGA